CCUCAACCAAUAGCGUUGCGAAACUGUCAGGUCAACAACGUGCGGAUUCAAUGUCACGGACUCGUGUGGUGUGCAGCAUGAACAGCAUUAUUAAUGUAGAUCUCUGGACAAAAAGCGCAUAGUUUGAGGGCUCUCCAGCCCUGCAGUGUCGAAAUGGCAACAUGUGGAGGAUGUAGGCUCUUCUUUCUGACUGUAAGAACUCUGUGUGGAACGUCAAGAUCUGCAUCUCCCCACACGCUGCCUUUAACAAAACACAGGACGUUAUCCACCUCCUCCAGAAGUUACUCUCUUGAUUCGUUUACUGGAUCAAAGAAGAGCCCAGUUCAGUCAGGCAGGCCAGAGCGAACAUCACCGUCCACAGGAGGCGUUCAGAGAAACCUCUCAGCUGUAGCCGUACCUCUGAAGGGUCAGUUUCGUCCCCUCUGCCGCUAUGAUCUUUUAGAUCUGGGCGAUGUGAAUGAGAAUGCACAGAAAGCACUGGUUUGUAAAAGUUUAAGGAGGUUUAUAGUUGACCCUACACUUGCAAGAAUCGUUACUGACCAUCUCGCUGAAGACAUUGAAGAUGGGAAAGCUGUUAUAUUUGAAUGUAACCCAGGUCCUGGUGUGUUGACGCGAGCUUUGUUGAAUCGUGGAGCUCAGAGAGUCGUUGCUCUGGAAAAUGAUGCACACUUUCUUCCUGAGCUGCAGGCUCUGGAGAGGCAUGUGGAAGGGCAGUUGGAUGUGGUUCACUGCGACUUUUUCAAGCUGGAUCCCAUCGGCCACGGCAGCAUGAGACCACCUGCCAUGUACUCGGAGAAGCUCUUCUCUAACCUUGGCAUCUCUGAGGUGCCGUGGUCAUCAGAUAUCCCAGUGAAGGUGGUGGGGAUCUUCUCUCAAAAGAACGAAAGGAGCUUGUUGUGGAAGCUGAUCUACUGCCUGUUUGAGCGCCUGUCCAUAUUCCGCUAUGGACGUGUGGAGUUAAUCAUGUUUAUCAGCAAGAAAGAAUACACAAAACUAGUAACCCGUCCAAGAGAUUAUAAGAACUAUCAAGCUUAUAGUGUUCUGUGGCAGAUGGCUAGUGACAUUGAGUUACUACAUGAGGAGCCGUUGUCAUCUUUUUUGACAACCAAGAGAAAUGGGACAUCCACUACAAAAAGCACCCUAUCCCAGGGUGACAACCUCUGUCUGGUUCGCAUGACACCACGUGAAGACUUAUUCAACUCUCACCUCACACCCUUGAACGGCAGCACUCUGGUCAUGAUGGUGAAGCAGUGUCUUGCCAAAAGGAGAAGCAGAUUGAUUGAACAAAUAAACUCAUGGAAUCCUGGAAGCGGACCAGAGCUCAUUUCAAAACUUGGCUUCCUUGAAGACACUCUGACAGGCGACGUCUACCCUGAGGAGUACAAGCGUCUGUUUGAGCUCAUGGAGCAGUCAGGGAACUUUGCAGAGAGCUGGCUUUACGAAGAGACCUUGGAAACUAAGAACACUGGACAUGGGUAGCAGUGUCUGGACAUACUGCCUGCAGGACUUUAAGACUUUUAGACAAAAUUAUGUCUUAUUUUGAAGAGACAGUGAAUGCAUGAGAAACAAAUGGGGGGUGUGCUGUAAGUACACCAGCUACCUGCUUGAUCUCUUACAUGAACAGUGGGAAUUAUUACAUUUUCAACGUUAAAAAAAUAAAAAUGGCUAAUGAUUAGGACGAUA